AUGACGUCCGCGAUAACCCCCGCCCACCUCGGCUUCCUCGCCAUAUACAACCCAUCUCUCAGUUCCGCCUCCCAGGAUGAAGACGCCCUCGCCCACCAGAUAGUCUACUAUGCCUCCGUCACAACGCUAUCCCGCCGUCGCCGAAGGACGGGCCGCAAAAGGAAGGGCCGCCGUGAACGCUCACGCCUGGCCGAGGAUGUGUCCCACGAGGAGCGCAAUGAGCGGCUGAGGCAGAUUGGGUUGGCGCAGGGGAUGGUGGAGUUUAGUCGCGGCUUCUCUGGCGGAGAUGCAGUAGAUGUCAUUGAGACGGAGAAAAGUAGGGUCGUGGUGCACGAGGUUGAGCCGGGAUGGUGGAUCUUAAGCUCAAUCGAUCUCACACGGCUACCCCUACCACCUAAACUACCUACCUCACCAUCUCCCGCCCAGCGCGAAGAUGUAUUCGAGUACUCAUCCAAAGAAGUAAAGCCGGCCGCGCUUCUCCUCCAGGACCUCCUCCGCGCUCACUCACUCUUUCUUCUCCACCAUGACGUGUCUCUGUCCAGGCUAUUUGAUCGGCUGGGAAGAAGGCGAUUUAUCUCCUCGCUAACGCGCUACUGGGACCUUUUCCUAUCGACCUGGAGCGUUUCAAUGCACGGAAACCCUAUCCGGAGCAUCCUUGGAGGGAUCAAUAUCGCUGCUUCUGGUGAGCUAGGUGUCGGUGUAGGAGAGGAGGAUCGAGGGAGUGGCGAGAGGGAGGUGUUGGAGGGUUUAGUGGGAAGAAUAGACGGGCUGGUUGACCUUGUCGUCUCUAAGUUUGGUGAAGCGGAUGGGGGUGGUGACAAGAGCGCUGAUAGAGACGUCGGAGAGGGAGUCACGGUUCCGUGGCUAGGGACUGGACAGGAUCCCGAUGCGGAAGAUGGGGCCAUCUUCCUCGGCGUCGGUGCGUUGACCAGGCGGUCAUUGAAGGACGUAGUACACUGGACUGAGGAUCUGUAUACGUGGGGGGAGAACUCAUACGGUGUCAUCGGCGCUCCUUCGUCUACACCAAGUCAGAAAAAGCAGAAAGAGUCACCACCAAAAUCACCGGAACCUCGGGAAGCUCACGCCCCUCAACCUAGUACUUCGCCAACUGCCAAAGACUCGCGAGGAGGAGGCGUUCGAAAGGAUGGCAAUGAACAAGAGGAAGCGGAUAAGAAGGUAACCCAUGAUCCUGCCGAAGCCCUUGAGUUGCCAUCCGCCCCGGAAUCAGCGCAACAUCCGACCAACCCCGAAACGACCGCCGCGGAACCAGAAGCUGAAGGCCACAUGGACAAGUUUGUGAGCAUGCUUAAACUCGGUUAUGGGACAUAUUGGUCCCUCGGGGGCUCCGAAAGUAAACCGGGCAGUCCUGCUCCCCCAGAUGCAUCUCAGAGUGACAAGCCCAAGAGUCCGGCUCCCGCCGACACGCAGAAGCGAAACAACACCAAGAAAGCAGCGGACGAGUCCGAGGGCUAUUUUCUGAUCGGCCUUAAGGGCACCGUCGAAGAACACCCUCCUAGCGACUCAUCUUCCGACGACGACGACGAGAUGUCCAGAAAACCCUCUACACACACGCGAACGCUCCACGUCACAAUCUCAUCCGACGACGACCGGGCCCUCACACGCGCCUCUCUCCGGGCAAUUGUCUAUAUCAAUAGACCAUUCAUCUUCACCUUUCUUUUCCGCCCCGAAACCCCAUCCCUCUCCUCCGACGCCCUCUACCGCUCCCUGCAUUAUCAACUCUCACCACUGCGCAAACCGCUCCUAAUCUCCACGAGCUACCGACCCCCUCGUCCCGAGAACACUGGGCCGGCAUCCUCGUCCUUUCAAGCUUCCUCGUCAAUGUAUGACCUCGUCUGGGACCCUCGACUCAACAGCAUCCACUCCACCAUCCCCAACAUCCCCGCGGGUAAACCAACCCUCUGGACCCGCACCGAAGCCAUCGCGACGCACACCCAUCUCCUCGGCAUCUUCUCCGCCCGCAAGGCAGGCGACGUCGAGAAGACUUUAAAGACAAAUAAGGGCUGGUGGAUCGUUUGGAGCAGGGUCCUCCCCUCUCGGGCGUCCGUCCCCGGCACGUCAUCUCCUUCCCAGGGAGGCCGCGAUCGAUCUGCGUCGGUCUCGGAUGCGGACGAUGCUUCUGAGCAUGCGAAGAAUAGUGCGGAUGAUGGGGAGGAAGCUAGCGCGAAGGAAGUGUUCCUGCUGAGAAGGGCUGGCGAUCAUGCUAGGGCGUUUAGCUCGUCGCUCGCACCCAGACGGGAAAGUGUGAGUAGGCUGGCGCAGGGGAUCGGUGUUGAUACUAGGGGUUAUGUAGAGACCCUGUUGAGUUUAGGUAGAUAG